UCCAGCUCCCGGGAGCUGGGAGGAUGCAGGAUCCGGGGCCAGACAUGAGGAUGGAGGCCGGGGAGGCAGCGCCGCCGGCGGGGGUGGGAGGCCGCGCUGCAGGAGGCUGGGGCAAGUGGGUGCGGCUCAACGUGGGGGGCACGGUGUUCCUGACCACGCGGCAGACGCUGUGCCGGGAGCAGAAGUCCUUUCUCAGCCGCCUGUGCCAGGGGGAAGAGCUGCAGUCGGACCGGGAUGAGACCGGGGCCUACCUCAUCGACCGCGACCCCACCUACUUUGGGCCCAUCCUGAACUUCCUGCGGCACGGCAAGCUGGUGCUGGACAAGGACAUGGCCGAGGAGGGGGUCCUGGAGGAAGCGGAGUUCUACAACAUCGGCCCGCUGAUCCGCAUCAUCAAAGACCGGAUGGAGGAAAAGGACUACACCGUCGCGCAGGUCCCGCCCAAGCACGUGUACCGCGUGCUGCAGUGCCAGGAGGAGGAGCUCACACAGAUGGUCUCCACCAUGUCUGAUGGCUGGCGCUUCGAGCAGCUGGUGAACAUCGGCUCCUCCUACAACUACGGCAGCGAGGACCAGGCGGAGUUCCUGUGCGUGGUGUCCAAGGAGCUCCACAGUGCCCCCCACGGGCUGAGCUCCGAGUCCAGCCGCAAAACCAAGAGCGCGGAGGAGCAGCUGGAGGAGGAGCAGCAGCAGGAGGAGGAGGAGGAGGUGGAGGUGGAACAGGUGCAGGUGGAGGCAGAUACACAGGAGAAAGCUGUUACAGGCCAGAGGCACCCGGAUGUGAGGUCCCAGAUCACCUCCAGGGACUUGGGGUUCCGAUCUGACGUCCUUUAUUUUUGUACCGUGGGGUGGGCCCCCAGCUCAGGGUGGAGGAAGCGCCCCUCCUGCGGCCACCUCUGUCUGCACCUGCGGGGCUGUGACGGCCCCCUGCCUCCCUGGUGGGCCCUGGGGCCCCUGGGCAGAGCCGCCUGCCGGCAGCCCAAGUGUGGCGCUGUCCAGCUGUGUCUCCCAGGCCCCUGCGUCCCCUCUCCCGAAGCCCCCAGCUGCAUGGCGGACACAGUCCCUCCCGGCCCGGUCACGUCGCCCCCUUGAGCCUUAGUCUCCCUGUCAAGUGGGUUCUCUCUCCCCACCCCCACCCCCGCCUACCUCACAGGGCUGUUGUGAGGUCCCGCCCAAGGGGAGAAGGUUCCCCGGAAGUCCUCCUCCAGAGGGUGCGCCUUCCCCAGGGGGGGGGCCUUCCUCACCCUUCCUUCCCUGGGGGGGAAGGGCCGGUUCAGCCACAGAUGAAGCUCCGGUAUUGGUGGGGCUGGAGCAGGUGGGGUGGCGUGGCCUCACCCGGACUCCUGCCACCCCCAUCUGCACUGCUGGGGACGGAGGGCCCGGCCCCAAGCAGGCCAGCAGGGGCUCAGCAGGGGCGGUGGGGCCGCUCAGGACCUGGUGAUGCGGGAGAGGGAGACACUGCCUGCCCGCGCUGGCGACUGCCCAGCUGGGCAGCACUCUGCGGUGUCUGGCCCCACCAUGUAAUAAAAGCUGAAGAAACAGC